AUGAUGAUGUAUGCGACACGUCUGGGAGCUGGUCUGCACGAGGCAGACAUCGACCCGGCCAACAUGGAGAUGCUCCUCAAGAUGGUCAUGGCCGCUCUAAUCUUCUACUUUUCCGUCAACUGGGCCGUCAAGCACUCGCUGCUGAUCUUUUACACCGAGCUCACCUUUGAGCCGUGGGCCCGCCGUUGCAUCUUCAUCAUGCACAUCGUCGCCUUCUCCUUCGGUCUCACCUGCGUCGUAACCAGCAUCUUCCAAUGCGUCCCCGUGGCAAAAUGGUGGGACCCAACCAUCGAGGGCUACUGCAUCAACCUAAGCGACUUCUCCUACUUCAACUCGGUCUUCAUGGUGGCCUGCGAUGCCGUCCUGUAUAUCCUCCCCGUCAUCUUCACCUGGAAUGUUAAACUCAGACGCCACCACCGCAUCGCCGUCAACUUCCUCUUCGCCUUGGGCGGACUUGUGCUCGCUGCAAGCGCAACUCGCGUCUACUUUGUCCACCGACUCGCCGUCAUGGGGGACUUCCCCUUCCAAUACGCCGCGUCUAUGAUUUGCGCCGUUGUGGAGAACCAUCUCGCCGUCAUCGUCGCCUGUGCGCCGAGCAUCAAAGCCGUUCUUAUCCGCUACUACCCCAGCCUGCAAAGCAAGUUCGAACGUAUCAUCAGCGACGAGGGCUCCGGCUCAAAGGGCAAAGCAUACCGGACUGGAAGCAGCGAUCGUGCUACAUAUGACCCUGAGGCUGGAACCAAUGGCAGCGAGGAUGUCAAGCUGCAGAUUGUCAAGACGCAGGAUGUCAAGAUUGAAAGGCCAGAUGCGAAUCGCAUGAUCACGGGUAGCAGUGGGAAGAGUGAGGGUAGCCUGCUAGGACGCUGGUGGCGGGCACCUAAUAAUUGGAACGUCAGCGUCGAAAGUCAGGGAAAGUAA